AUGGCUGAAGACACGACAGCCGAUGCGACACGACGGUUAAAUGUUAAGAAACAGACACUAGACGAUGCAUAUGCUGCGCCGGCAAAUUUCUUAGAAAUUGACGUGGUAAACCCAAUAACAACGAUGGGUGUAGGGAAAAAACGCUACACCGAUUAUGAGGUUCGCAUGAGGACCAAUCUGCCCGUGUUCAAAGUUAAGGAGUCAAGUGUAAGGCGGCGGUACAGUGACUUUGAGUGGUUGAGGAAUGAGUUAGAAAGAGAUAGCAAGAUUGUCGUGCCACCUUUGCCUGGUAAAGCUUUGAAGCGACAAUUGCCAUUCCGUGGCGAUGAUGGCAUUUUUGAAGAGGAAUUUAUUGAGGACCGUAGAAAAGGUCUAGAAGUAUUCAUCAACAAGAUUGCUGGCCACCCGUUGGCCCAGAAUGAGAGGUGCCUUCACAUGUUUCUGCAGGAGCCGACCAUAGACAAGAACUACGUACCUGGCAAAAUAAGAAACACAUAA